CCCCUAGCAACGCCUCGCGCGCCGUAGCAACGCCUCCUGUCUCCCUUCCUGGCGCCGGCGGGUGCAGCGCUUCUGGCCCGGGCGCUGCCUUUGCUCUCCCCAUGGAGCCUCUGCCCUCGACCCCGGCUGCUCACCGGAGCAGGCAAAUGCCACACAGCCCAGCAUUGCAGGAGGACCAUUCUUGGGCCCAUUCCCUCCGCCAAUGCCUAACCACUCAGCUCCAAGAGGCCGGGCAUGCAGAGCCCAAGCACCUGGAUGUGCUCGUGGCAGAACUGAUCACCAUCUUCCAAGCAGUGCUGCAGAAGGGCGGCCGGCGGGCCUGGCUGCGCUUGAUAGAAGUGCUGCAGCUGAUUGCCCCCUUUCAGCAGCUGCUGUCUGGGCGAGUGGAGCUGGUGCCAUACCUGGAGGGACUCUACUAUCAGUUCCUCAGCAGCCAGGCCUUGGUUUCUGACCUGGACAUUCUGGGGUCUAUUUGGCAGGUCUUCCCCGAGGACUGUGCUGUACUGUGGGCCCCUCCACGGACUUCAUGCCCUCGAGACCCUACAGAACCAGCUAGGCUGCUGCUCUCCAGCCGAGGGCCAGUCUUUGUGGGCCAGUCGUGCCCUUUUGCCACUGACCGGGUAAUGGCUGGGGCCUCUGGCAUGCUGCAGCCACGCCCUGUUUCUCUCCAGGAGCUGCAGAGAUGUGUGGGGCCAGUAGGCAGCCAGGUGGCUCAAGAAGAGGCCCCCCGAGCUGGCAGGCUGGGCCUCAUGCCGCUGAAUCUAGCUGCAGACGUGCCAACAGAAUGCCCUUGUGCCAGCUCAAGCAGUGCUGCAGAACCCUCCUUAGAUCCAGACAAAGAAGCACCAGGGCCAGUCCCCAGUAAGACAGCUGCGGCGUCAGCAGGCAGAGAACAGCUGGUGACAAGUCUCCAGGCAGCCGAGGUCUUUGCAAGGAACCGACAUGCAGGGGAAAUAAGUUUCCUCUACCUCAAUGUCGCCCAGAACCGGCACUUCAGGCCUUAUGACCUGGUGGUGGUUCCCAAGCACCUGAUCAGUCCUCAGCACUAUGUUUUCUCGCCAUUUGGGGUACUGCACGUGCACCCUGAGGAAGGGUCCGAGGCCCUGUCCCUGGGUGAAUGGCAUCGGGAAGCUGUGCUGUGGCAGCUGAUGCAGUAUAUCCCCUUCUUCCGGCUCUUCUUGGUCCGCAAGGCCUUUGCCCGCUGGUGCUUCAAUGUCAAACAUCUGCAGCGCCUGAAGCGCCAAGAGAAGCUGCGCUUGCAACUGCUCCAGGCAGUGCCCCACUUUGGAGCAGCUCUUCUUCACAUUUCCAGACUCCUGCAGGAGCUAAAAUCCAUCCACUGGCUGCCAACAGACAGCUGCAAAUGUUACACCUUCCCCGAGCUCAAACGGGCCCUGGCCCAGGAGAAUAGCAAUGCCCAAGGACUACUCAGCAGGUUCCUCAGCCUCUGCUCCUCUAUCUUGGAGAUGGUACGGGAUGACACGUACAAGAUGGUACGUGGGCUGCAGAUGCAGGUGCAAAGCUACAAGCUGUACAUCACCAAGGAAUCGCUGUACCAGCAGCGGAUGCAGUAUGAGGGGCUGCAGCGCCGCUUGCAGGAAGCUGAAUCCUGGUUGCAGAGGCUGGGCUUCUUGGCCCUGCUGGUGAACUUCCUCAUCUGCCAGACCCUGGUCUCUGCGAUGCAUGAGGAAGUCACAGCGUUUGUCAGCCACACCAUGAAGGCUGAUGGCAUCAGACGAAAAGCUGUCCUCCGGGUGCAGCUGGUGUUCAGUGCUGACAGCCAGCUCAUGCUCUUUCCCUCUAGCAAGGAGCUGGAGGACUGCCUGUUGGGGGCUGUGAAUACUGUUGUGGAAUCAGUCCUGCAGACAACCCGGAUCAAAAGUGUGAGGUCAGAUCUGUCAGAGAGCCCACAGAGCAUUACAUCUGAAGCUGAGCAACAUCCAGCCCAACCAAGUGCUGUGGGUGUGGCAGAUGCAAGCAGCAGUGCUGACCAGGGUUCCUCAGAGUCCACAGGGCAGCUCCACCGGCUGCCUACAGCAGUGCUCUGUGGCGAGAAGCCGGAGCUGGUACAUCGGCUGGACCUGAAGGCGUUUGGUGGCCUGGAGGUGGUUGGCCACCGGCUGAGGGGCGAGUACCCCCUACUGUCGCGUGAGCAAUUGGAGAAGGACCUGCGAUCAGACAGCAUCAUCGAGAAGGCUCUGGCCAAGCAGCAUACCCUGCUCACAGCUGCGCUGACUGAGACCCACCUUCUGUGCCGACAGUACUCCUGGCUGGGCGAGAUCUACACUUUUGUGCAUAACUGGGGAACUAGCCAGUUGGAGAGCAUGAAGGGCUGGCCAGCAGAGGAAUAUGUGAAUCGAAUCCUCAAGUUGCGCACGUGGGUGACCCAGGUCCAGAAGGUGCCAUGUGUUGUUGUCACAUGUAAUUUCCUUCUCUUUGUGGACUGCAGUGGCAUUCAUCAGGACAUCCUGCCUCUACUGACCUCCAUAAACGAGGACAUUCUGUCUCUGUUGCUGAACGAGACCACACAACGGAGUGAGAUGUUCAUUGCAGAGCUGGCUGGUGUCUUGCAACUUUACAUGAAUGUUGGCACUGAUAUCUUCACAAUUGCUAAGUGCUCCCAGAAGCUGGAGCAGUACCAGGGGCAGAUGACAGAGCUGCAAGAAUAUGUUGACUAUGUGCGGGCCCUGAACGAAGUCAUCCAGCAGUGCUUCCGCCCUCUUAGCCCUAGUGAAGAGAGCCUGGAAAACUCGCUGCUGGACACCUGGGAUGCCUUUGUGUACCAGCAACGGGAGGUCUCAGACUUCAUUGUCUCACGGCGCCUCAGCAUCAUCGCUGAGCUCAGCAGCUCGCUCCAGAAAGCCACCCAGGAGCUGCAGGAACUGUUAGCUGUGGUGACAGUAGGGCACUUCCAGGACCCUGCCCAGAACCCCCGUGCCAUGGAGGAUGGACUGCGCCUGCUCUUCCAUCGCUUCCAGGCCAUGGUGAUGCGCGUGACUGACCUCUGCCGCUCCCAGCGGAUCCUGACAGGGGAGUGCAUGGACGUCUCCUUCAUCACUGGGAAGCAGGGGGUCAUUGAAAUUCACGCACGCAUCUGGCAGCUUUUCCGCAUCAUUUCUGAGCAGAUCACGGAAUGGAAGUGCUUGGCUUUUGUUAAGUUCAGCACCGCUCUGGCCAUGGAGAAGACAGAGGAGUGGCAAAAGGAGGUGAUCAGUAUUGAGCACUGCCUGCCUAGCCACCACCCUGUGCUGCAGGCUUGCUUGCGUGCCAUUGCCAACUUCCAGAAGUACCUUCCCAUGCUCCUGAAACUCGGCAGCCACUUUCUCAAGCUCAGCUGCUGGAAGGAAAUCUUUGCUGUGAUGGGUGUGAAGUGCCCCCUGAACAUGCAAUUUACGCUGGGACAGCUCCUCUCAUACCCUCUACUAGAACACAGUGACGCCAUCUUCAGGGUCUACUCCUGUGAGAAGAGCCGCCAUUAUGCCAAGGACACUCUUCUUCGUCUGGAAAGAUCCUGGGCUGAGAAGCAGUUCCGCCUUGUCAAUUUCAUCCUCAACGUGCCAUACCAGGAGCCACAGCCUGAGCGCUUCCGGCGACCACUUGGUGGGCGCCAGCGCCAAACCAAGCUUGAGUACAUCUCCAAGGACAGUGGCACUUAUAUAUUGUCAGAUACUGCAGAACUGAAGGCUACUGUGGAACAUAGCAUUUUAACCCUCCAGAACAUCAUCCUGUCCCCAUUCUCUUCCGACAUCCUGGUGGAGGCUGAGAGCUGGGCUUCCACACUACGUGCCUUUGAAUCCCUCCUAGAUGCCUGGGUCAGUUUCCAACAGAAAUGGGUAUUCUUGAAUAUUGUUCUCUAUGAGAUGGACAUUAGUCUGCCCAGCGCUGAGUUGGAUUCACGGUUCCAGCAGGUGGAUAGCCACUUCCGAGAGUUCAUGCAGGUGACCUGCAAUGAUCCGCUGGUGCUGUCCAGUGUGAGGCCACCACAGGGCUCAAGCCGCGAGAGCCGCUUUGUUGGUGGCAUCUUACAAGCUGCUUUUGUGGAUGGAUCUGGAGAUUUGCAGGUCAUCAUUCGGGCCCUAGACUACGUGCUAGAGGCCACGCGCAUGGGCUUUCCUCGUCUCUUCUUCCUGAGCAACGAGGAGCUGGUUGGCAUGCUCGCCACAGCCUCAGAGCCAGCGGACGCCUCUGCCUGGGCCCAUCGCUGCUUCCCUGGGGUGUGCCAGCUAGAACUCCUUGUACCCUCUGCUGCCCUGAACCGUGGCACAUUCUCAGCCCAGCUUCCUGUGGUGCAGGUGACAGGCCUGGUCAGUGACCAAGGGGAGAAGCUGGAGCUGUGUAACAUGGUCUCCCUCAGCCGGAAGGCCACACAGUGGCUGUGCACCCUGGAGCAGCGCAUGAAGGAGACAGUCUUCCAAAAGAUGCAGCAGUGUGUGGCCCAGCGGCUAGCCCUGCGGCCACAACUGGAUCUAGCCUUUAGGCGGCGCCCUGGCCCCACAGAGCUGCCCCUUCACAUGGUGGCAGAGUGCUGGGCAACGCUUGGCAACGCCUUCCCAAACCAGUGCGUGGUGCUUGCGGAAGAGGCCUUGUGGCAUGUCACCAUGGAGGAGGCCCUCUUAGACCCCAGAGACCAGCCAGGACUUGAACUCAAGCUGAGCCUAAAGCUAGAGGCCCUGGCCCACUACGUCCGCAGUUGCCGCAGCAUCCACGGCUGGAAGCCCGGCAGUGACCCGCUGGGCUUGCUGCUGGAGGCUCUGAUCAUCAUCACUGUCCAGCAACGCGAUGUCCUUUCCCAGCUGCUGAAACACGAGGUGAGCUCCCAACAAGCCUUUGAGUGGGCCCGGCUCCUCAAGUACCGUGUGACCCUGAGUCAAGAGAGAGCCCGGGGGGCUGGGCUCACUCCUGGGACCCCUUGGGUGGGUGGUCCCCCUGGCUGCUGGGCUGAAAUCCUUGACAGCCACCUCCCAUAUGACUAUGAGUACCUCGGUCCCUGCCUGCAGCUGCUGGGCAGCCCCUUGCUGGACAGGACCUUCCUGGGGCUGCUCCUGGCUUUGGACGAGUUCCGCUGCGGAGGGCUGAUAGGCUGCCCUGACGUGGGCAAGUCUCACACAGUGCGGGGCCUUGCUCAGGCUCUUGGCCGCCAGCUGGUCACCCUGCACUGCACCGCGCAGAUUCCCAUUGGCUGCCUCUCUCGCCACCUCUGCGGGGCAGUGCAUGCUGGGGCCUUGCUGCUACUGGAGUCUGCCGAGCGGCUGGAGCCUGCUGUGCUCUCAGCCUUCAGCCAGCUCCUCACUGACCUGCAGAGGAUGUGCCUGAGCCUGCAAGAGGGCAGGGGGACCACCCCAGGGCUGUCCACAGCUAGCUCGUCCCCUUCCAGCCAGGCUUCAGAGAGUUCUGAGAGCUCAGAUGGCGAGGGGCAGCCGAAAAUCCCCUUGCCAGAGCUGGGCACGGACGAGACGGAGCCGUACCAGCCACGGGUCCUGGGCAACAUCCUCUUUGGAGGGCGGCUGUUGCGUGUGCGAGAGGCCUACGGCUGUGUGGUCACCCUGGAGCGCCUCCCAGAGCCUCUGUGCCUGGCCCUGCGCCCCUUGGCCAUGCUGCCCCCUGACCUCGCCAGGCUCGCAGAGGUCACUCUGUUAGCAGCUGGCUUCCGGGAGGCAGCACGCCUGGCUGAGAAGCUGAGUCACUUUUUGCGCCUGGAGGGAGAGCUGAGCCCGGACCCCCAGCUCGGCCACCCAACCCUAAUCCGGGAGGUGAUCAGGAUGGCUGUUGACAUCUUGUUCAGGCCCUUGGCAAGACACGAGCUCUUGCCGGCCAGGGCCAAGGCCACAGCCCGCACCGCGUUCUCCUUGGGCUUGGAGGAGGAGCCAGCCAUGGUCAAGGCCCUGUACCUCUCGCGUCUGCUCAGCGGCCCCGAGUGCCCCAGGCUCCACAACGUGCGGGAGCUGCUUCGUGAGGUCUUCCCCAGUGCCUCUGUGCAGCCUUAUGAGCCUCCGGUCCCGUCUCGUCUCCACAGUGCCCUGGUGGCUCAGCUGCAUGAGGACAAGCUGCAGCCGGACCCAGAGCUCCUGCGCAUGGCUGGCCAGCUCUCCCAGGCGCUGCGGGGUGCCCUGGGCAUCCUCCUCCUGGGACCCUCGGGGAGUGGCAAGACCACCACUUGGAGAACCCUGGCCAAGGCACUGAGCAGGCUGGCAGCCAGCGAUGCAGCCCCUGGGGCACAAAGUCCCAAUACGUCCCAGACUGAGCUCUUCCGGCCCGUCAGCACUGUUUGCCUGUGGCCCAACGGCCUGAGCGUCUCUGAGUUUGUGGGCAGCCUGGAGGGCAGCAUCUGGCAGGACGGGGUCCUCUCCCGGGUCCUGCAGAGGGCAGCCACCUCUGCCCUGGCCUGUGGGACACACGAGGGGAGCACCCAGCAGUGGCUGGUGCUGGAUGGAGCCGCUUGUGCCGAGUGGCUGGACCCCAUCUCCUCGCUCUUCAGCAGCAGACCUUCCCUCAGCUUGCCCAACGGACAGAAGCUGCAGAUCCCUGGGAAUAUCAAGUUCCUCUUUGAAAUGCCGGAUGUCUCUGGGAUGUCCCCGUCCAUCUGCACCCACUGCUCCCUGCUGCACUGUGGGGGCACCAGCCUCUGGCGGGGGCUGUUGUCUUCAGCUCUUGCCCCCGUGUACCGCAAGUACAGCCUGACCCAGGAGAGCCUGGCCAUGCUGCAGGACCUGGCUGAGGAGCUCUUCCCCCCAACGCUGGCCUUCCUGCAGGAGCACUGCUGCUCGGUGCUGCUGUCCCAUGCCCACCCACGGAACCCUGUGGCCUCCGGGGUCCAGGAGACCACAGCCUACGCCAGGAUACUCCACGCACUCCUGGAGCAGUACCUCCGCCGUGACCGGAUCAAGCACCUGCCGGCUGUCCAGGAGCCAUCCUGUGCCAAGACCAACACGUUUGCUGCUGCCCACAGUGCCCCUGCCUCUCGCAGUCUUGACGAUUCUGUCCCUGUCCAUCAUCACUUGCUUGUACAGAGCAUCUUUGUUUUCGCCUACCUCUGGGGCUUUGGGAGCCACCUGCACCCCAGGCACUGGCCUCUCUUUGAGCACUUUGCCCGCCAGGCCCUGCAAAACAGCCGCUUCUCCAUAGAGCUUCCUCCUGGGUCGUCUGCCUUUGAGCUUUGUCCCGUGGCAGAGGAUGGCACUCUGGAGCCCUUUAAUGGACAGUACCUGCCCAGCCGCAUCAAGAACAUCCCCGUGAGCUUCUCUCUCCUGCCACAGUAUGAGCGAGUGCUCUUUGUGGUGGACCUGCUCCUGGGCACUGAGCGGCCUGUUCUUCUGGUUGGGGAGCCAGGCUGUGGGAAGUCGUCUUUUGCAGAGAUGCUGGUGCAGCCCAACUACUUCUACCACAGGGUGUGCCUCACGCCUGCGCUCAGCGCAGCCCACCUGCGCCACCUGCUGCACAAGAGGUUUCUCAGCAUAGUACGGGACAAGGGCCUCUUCCCCUUGGGCAAACCUGCCUGGGUGACGGCCGCUAAAGGAUGCUGCCUCUUCUUGGUGGAGGAUCUGCACUUGGCCUUCACUGAUCCCGCCCGAGGCUCAAGCCCUGUGGUGGAGUCUCUGCGCCAGGCUCUGUCCCACCAGCAGUUCUACCACGCUGAGACUCUGGAGCUGCAACACUGCCCAGUGGCAGGCUUCAACUGCUUGUGCACCAUGUCGGUACCCAUGAGAGGCGCCCUGCCUCUCUGCCCUCGCUUUGGCAGGCUCUUCAGCACCGUGGUGCUGCCGGUCAUGACCAAGGACUCCUUGCUCAGCAUGCAUCUGGGCACUGUCUUAGCCUGGCUGGAGAAGUUCCCCCUGCUGACCCGGCAUACUGAGCUGGCCUCUGCCCUGGUCAGGGCCACCAUCGACACUUACGAGGCAGUGAGAAGCUGCUUCCAGCCCUCUCCUGCUUGCUGCCUCUUCUGCUUCUCUUUGCACGACAUCCAGAAGGUGUUCAAGGGGCUGUUCCUGUUGCGGCCCCGCCCAGGCAUCCACCUCAGCAGCCCCCAGGAGGAUCAUGGCAUCAGGGUGCCAGCUGCCAGGCAUGCCUCAUUACUAGGCCGGCCAGCCAUGGGGACCGGCUACACCACGCUCCUCAGCAUCCGACUGAUCAUCCGCCUCUGGAUGCAUGAAUGCCUGCGCAUCUUCUGUGACCCACUGCGGGGGGAGCAUCAACACGAGCUCUGUGGGCAGAUGCUAGCGGAUAUUGCCACGGCCACAUUCUGUGCCAAGCACAGCAUCCUGCAGGUCGUGCCCGCUCUCAGUGAGCAGCCGUCUCACCUGCCCAGCCGGACCCGCAUUGCCUUCCGUCUUCCCAGCAGCUCCUCCGGUGCCAGCGUUGCUCCAGCAGUGGUCGAGAAGGAGCCUGAGGAAGAACAGCUGCUUUUCCCAUGGAGUGGCAGUGUGGAUCACCUUGAUCCCUGGGAUCCUGUGGAGCAGGCCCCUUCCCUAGUGCUGGACCCUCCAGCUUCAGCCCCUCGUGAAGAUCCUGUGCGGAGGGAGCUGGAGAAUGACGUGCCUGAGAUGGAGCCUGAGGACACUGAGACAGGGAAGAAGCAGAGUCCUACCUUUCCAGGGGUGAUGACCGAUCGGCACCAGGUGUCCCCGCGUCGGCCUUCUCUCAUGAAGGUCAAGCGCCGUUGCUCCGCCAAGAAGGAGAACUCUGGCCCACUGCUACCAUCUCAUCUCCUGUUGAUGCAGGGCGAGUCUCCAAGAGACAUUGUCUUCAGCAAGGACCUGGGCCCAGACUCCUACAGCCCCAAUGCCCACAACCCUUAUCAGGAAAAACUCUGGAAGGUCUUAAAGAAACAACUGACCCCCUUGUUGUCAGCUGACUUCUUGCUGUGCUCAGAGGGGCUGAAGCACGUGGUGCGGCUGAGCCGCUUGUUCUGCGGCCCAGAUAGGCACGGGGCCCUUGUCUCCUUCAUCCGGUGCACAGGGCGACAGACUCUCGUGGCUCUGGCUGCUCGCGCCACUGCCUCCCUGCUCAUAGAGCUGCCAGCAAAAGCUGAGGAGGCAGAGGCACUGGCACUGUUGCGCUUGGCGAGCUGGCAGGCAGGAAUUAUGGGCAGGCGGGUAUUGCUGCUGGUGCACUCUGGGGUGAGCCUGGCCAGCUUGCACCUGGUACUGCCACUUAUGGCUGAGGGCACAUGCCCUGGGCUCUACAGCUCUGAAGAUACCAUAUCUGUCAUUCAGGCCCUGCUGCAAGAGAACCAGAGCAUCAAACGGACAAUGCGAGAUGAUCUCAUUUUGCAGAGGUUCUUUCAGUUUGUGCGUACCAACUUGCAUGUAGUGCUGUUGUUGGGGCCUGGCUCCUUGGCACUACCACCCCUCACAGCCACCGCCCUGGCCCAAUUGUUCUGCAGCUUGGAGAUCCAUCAGACUUGGAGCCAUGAGUCCUUGCUGGAGGUGGCCUCCAAACACUUAAAGUACCACCAAAAGUAUUCUGCAAAGCUCACUCGAGUGCCAACGUCGGUACAUGCGCACAAGGACUUGAUGCAUCGCAUUGCCACAGCUGCAGCACGGAUCCACUCUUCUGCCACAGCAUACGUCACAUCCCUGGCUGCCCACCUGCCCCUCAUCACUCCAAAAAGUUUUCUGGAUUUUCUUGACACCUUUCUCGUGCUGUCGAGUAGUCUGCAAGAGAAGAAUUCCAAGCAAAUAGAUCGGAUGAAGCUGGCCCUGCUCAAGAUGGGGGAAGUGAGCAAGAAGCAGCAGGAGCACACGCGGGAUGUGCAUUUUCUGCAGCAGAAGCUGGUCAAGAUCAGAGAGCAAGUGUUGCAAAACCAACGGGAGGUGGAGCGGGAGCAGGAGGUGCUGAAGCAGCAGGAGAAAGAAUGCCAAAUGUUCGAGGCACGGAUUGAUGCUCUUACAAAGGAGCGAGAUGUGCUGGAGAAGGGGAAGGAGCUGGCCAUGAAGAAGGUGAGCAAAGACUACAAGGCAGCACUAGCAAGGCUGCAUGUGCAAGACAUUGAGGAGCUGCGCAGCUACCGCCAGCCGCCAGCCCCCGUGGUCAGAGUGGCCGACAUCCUUUGCAUGAUGUUUGACCAGGAGCCAGGCUGGGAGAAUGCAAAGCUCCUGCUCAACAGGGAAAACUUCUACGAGGAGCUGAUCUUCUACCCCAAAGACAAGCUGGGCACUGAGCUCUUCAAGGCACUAGGCCAGGCCGUGUGUGACAAGGACUUCUCUGUGGCAUUCAUACGCAGUGCCAGCCAGCCUGCUGCAGCCCUCUAUCAGUGGAUCUCUGCUACCUACUGGUACCACUGGGCACUGCGUGACUGGCAGCCAGCCAUGCUGCAGCUGAAGCGCUGCGAUGCUCAGAUCAACACGGAAAAAAUGCAACUAGGCAACCGGCGGCUGCACUCCGAGUACCUGAAAGAUGCCACCCAGGCCCGGAUCAAAGAGCUAAAGCAGAAGCAGGAGCGCCAGGAGAAGGUGCUGCAGCAGCUGACGCAGUCCCUGCAGGCCAAAGAGGAGGCCACCACUGUGGAGAGUUCUGUGGCAGAGCACAUGGCCAACUGGACUGCGCUGACCAGGGGUCUGGAAUAUCAGCACAGCACCGUGCAUGGGGACGCCCUCCUCUGUGCAGCAGCCCUAUGCUACUUGGGUCCCUUCCCCCCCUGUCGACGAGAGGAGCUGCUUGAGAAGUGGCAGGCAAUAUGCGCCGGAGCCCGGGUCUCCCUGGGCCCAGAUGACGUCAGCCGGCUCCUGCAGAAGGGAUUGCCCUGCCCCGGCUCGGCCUCUGCCGACACCCCACUGCUGGCGGUGCAGAAGCCCCUGCACCUGGUGUCCUUGCUCAGUUCUCCUCAAGAGCAGCGCCUCUGGGACCGGGUCCACAAGCCCAAGGACCCCGCGAGCCGACUGGUUGCCAUGAUCCUGCACUCGGGCAUCCACACGCAGGCUCACCGGUGGCCUCUGCUGGUGGACCCCGACAAACAGGCCCAUCUCUGGCUGCUCAUGUCUUCAGCUUUAGAAGAAGAGGAGUCCCAGGCCUAUGUCAUCUCCGAUCUGGUGCCAGAUAUGGUGGAGCAAGGUUGCUAUGAUGAGAUCCCGGAGAACAACUUGGAAAUACUGUCACUAACAGACCCUGACCUGGAGCAGAACCUGAGGAACGCAGCCAGCCUUGGCUCCCCUGUGCUACUGGUGGACUUUGACAAGAAUGUCCCCUGGUGCCUGGCCCUCCAGCAGCUGAUGCAGAAGGAAUCAUUUCGAGGAGUCCUCCACUCAGACUCUGGGGAUGAGCUACUGGUGCCCUCCUCCUUCCGGCUGUACCUGUGCACGGAACUGCCUCUGGAGGCUUUGGCUACAGAGGUUGACCAGAUGCUGCUGAAGAGCCUAAAUGUGGUUGAUCUCAGCCUCAGCCAGGGGGCUCUGGAGGACUUGUUGCUGGUGGAGGUGCUACGUGCCGAACGGCGGGAGAUCUUGAAGAACCGGCAGGCCUUACAGCUGGGCGUCUUGCAGCUGGAGGGUAAACUGGAGGCCACAGAGGAGGAGCUGGUGGAGCUGAUCUCCCAGCCCCAGCGGUCUCUGCUAGAGGAGGAGAACUUCAUGCCGAUGGUACGGCUGCUGCAGACCCAGAUCCAAGCGUUGCAUGCCACCCACGAGCAUAUGGUCUCCCAGUACCAGGACCAGGCCACACUGUGUGACAAGUAUCGGAAAGUGUCCCGCCUCGGUGUGGGGCUCCACCGGGCCCUCCAGCAGCUGUGCCGCCUCCACCCGUUCUACCGCUUCCCCACCGACUUUUGCAUCAGCCGUGUGCGGCAAGCCCUGCUCACUGCCAAGCGCCAAGACACCAGCAAGCAGGAGUCGCUGGAGGCCCGUCUCCUGGAGCUCACCAAGGCUGUGCUCCGGCACCUCCUCACCCAAGCACUGCCCUGCCUGCGGGAGAUGGACCGCCUCCUCUACCUCUUCCUCGGGGCCCUGGCCACGCUGCGAGUGUCUGGGGAGGUCAGCCCGCUGGAGUGGCUGGCCUUCUGCAAGGGCUUGCAGGAGCCGGCUGCCAGGGAGCUCCUGCAGCCGGAGGCCGGCCUCCCACGCCCCAGCUGGGUGAGCGUGGAGGCCUGGGAGGAGUGCAGCCUGCUGGAGAGCCUCCCUGGCUUCCAGGGGCUGCUGGCCUCCCUGGCUGAGCAGGCUGCCCAGUGGCAGGAAUACUUCCGCCUGCCUUCCACGGUGGUGGGACUGGCUCUGUGCCCCAGCCAUGCCCACCUCAGCCUUUUCCAGCGUGCCAUCCUGUGGCGCAUUUUGUGCCCCAACGCCAUGAGCAGUGUGAUUGCAGACCUCACGACUUGCUUGCUGGGCUGGUCUCUCACGGAGGAGAUGGCAGCCACCUACCCGUACUCCUACAGCCGUGCCAACAGGCCUGUCAUCUUUCUCACGUCCCCUGCCAGGUCUCCAAGCUUCUUCAUGCAUCCACUCCUUUGGAUCCAGCAGAUGGCCACCCAGCGGGGACGGGCGGGGAGAGUCGUGGUCAUCUCUUUUGGCACCCCAGAUGCUGCCAGACGUGUAUGGAGGACACUGCCUCUCUGCACCAAGAAAGGCAAAUGGCUGGUUCUGAACAACUGCCACCUUCAGCAGCACUGGGAUCCUGACGUACUGGUCCAGAUGGACCUCUUACUAAAAACACAGGCAGGUGUGGCAGAAGAAGAGACCCUCGAGAUCCACCCCAAGUUCCGCCUGUGGCUUAUCACAGCAGUAGAGGCCCCUGACUCUGUGCCAGGAUCUGUGCACCGCAGUGCCACAACCCUCUUCUGUGAGAUGCCACUGGAGCUGAAGGGCACCCUGGCACGCACCCACCAGUGGCUGCAGGGGCAAGCACAGAGUCUGGACUCCAAGCAGCGGCUGCCCCUCCUAGCCCUCUACGGGAUCCUGCUCUACAGGCAGACAUAUGCCCAGUGGACCCAGGCAGAGACUUACCUGUGGAGCCACGGCGAUGUGUUGGCAGGGCUCAGAGUGCAGGAGAAGGUGAGCCAACUGAUGGCCAGCUCUGAGGAAGCGCUGCAGGAGCUUGCAGGGACCACCCUCUAUGGAGGUCACGUUCUGGACAGAGGAGACGCUCAAGCGGUACAGAGCCUAUGCCAGGAAUGCUUGGCAACUGCUUCAUGCCAGCAGCCUGGCACUGGCCUCCAAAGGCUCCUGGCCACAGUCAUUGGCCAGCCCAGCCCAGGGCUGUCAGAGGAGGAGGCUGCUGUCGCCACCCUGGCCCGCAUCGAGCAGUUACCCAGCCCCAUGGAGCCAGCCUGGGUUGGCCUGUGCAGCGGGCUGCAACAGGAGAUGGUGGCACUCCGGAGCCAGGGCUUGCUCUCUGCCUUGAAGGCAUCCCAGGGCUUGUGGCAACCACCGCGCCCCCCUGCCAGCCAGCAAAAGGACGCUUUAGAGCUGCUGGCACAGCGUGGGAUGACACUAGUGAAGGAUCUGCAGGAGCUCCUGACACAGUGUGGCUGGGAGGUGGGAGGGAAGGGACGCCCCCCAGGAGGGCAGUCCCGCCCCAAGCCCCGCCCCCUGCAGCGCUUCCUGCUGGAGGAGGGAGGCAUCUUCCUGGCUGUGCUGAAGCAGGUGGGCAGGGACCUGCACUGCGCCCACAAAUGCCUGCAGGGCACCCCUUGCUCCUCCCGCCGCUGUGCCACGAUCCUUCACGACCUGAAACAAGGCCAACUGCCCCGCCCCUGGCUGCCCUAUGCGCCCACUGGCCCCCAGCCCCCUGAGGCGUGGCUAGAGACUUUGAAGCAUCGGUGCCAGCUCCUGUGCACCUAUCUGGGGUCCAUCAGUGGGCAGCCGGUGGCGCAUUACCAGUUAGCAGCCUUCCAUCACCCACGCCGUCUGUUCCUUGCCCUGCUGCAGGACAAGGCGCGAUCAGAGAAGCAAGAGCUGGACCGCUAUCAGCUAGAGCAGCAGCUGCUGUCCAGUGUGCAGCCCCCCACCAGCGGCCCAGAGAAAGGCCUCUACCUGAGUGGCCUGGAGGUUCGCCACGCCCAAUGGAACAGCCGGAGCUCCCAGCUGCAGGAGACACUCUCAGCCCAGGCCAGCCAGCUGCCCACCAUCUGGAUCCAGGCCAGCCGCCUGCCCUGGAAGCGCACUUCUGACAUGGCCAAAUACCAGUGCCCCGUGUAUCUGGGGGCACCCGGUGCCCUCGUGCCCCUCAGCAGCCACCGGGUCAUCAUGCAUUUGGCCCUGCCUUCUAGGAUGUCGCCUGACCUGUGUGUCCAGCAGCGGGUGCACAUUGUCAGCCUCUUGAGGUGAGAGGGACAGAGGGCAAGAGCCUCGGGUGAAAACCAAGGCCACCGCCCAGACCUGCCCAGUCCUCCCAUGGAGCCCUCUCCGGCUAUGAAAAUGCCACAGGCGGAGUGCAGACACAGCGAGAAACAAGUACAGAAAUAAAGUGAUAUA